CCCUAAUUGGAGUAUUUAAAUCGUUAUUUACUUAUUUCAUUCUAUCAUCGUCAGUGUCUUAGUAAAUACAUUGCAAAAUGUAUUUACUUCUAUUAGUCUCCUUAUUGGGAUCCGCGCUAAGCGUCCCGUUAGACGUUGAAGAUGACGUCACAAGGAACGUCAAUUACCAGCACUAUCUCCUGCCGGGAGAGUCCUACCCCACAUUCUACGACGUCAGAUUGUUCUUGAACCCUGACGUCACAGACAGUUUCCGAGGCGACGUCACCAUUAGGAUAGUUCCAAGAAGAACUACAAACCAGAUUGUACUGCAAGCUAUGGAAAUGCAGAUCCACAGCAUACGUCUCACCAGAUCGGAUAGUCUUCAACAGAAUCUCUUCUUGAGUUUCGACCAUGCGACUGAUAAUACGCAUUUCCUAACAAUCAACUCAAACACACCGCUAGUUAUGGGACUGACUUAUAUUGUCGACAUUAGUUAUACCAGCAGAUUCGCUGAGAACAUGUUCGGAGUUUAUAUCUCCACUUAUGAAGAGGCUGGAGUAGGACCACAGCGUCUGAUUACAUCACAACUUCAACCUACGUUCGCCCGCCGCGCGUUCCCCUGCUAUGACGAGCCUGCCUACAAGGCGGUGUUCAGGACCACCAUCUACGCCCCUCCUGCGUACCCCGUUGUCAGGAGCAACAUGCCGGAAAGAACUGAUCUCUUAAAACCCGAAGUUGCUGGCUAUCGCAAAUUUGAGUUCCAAGAUACCCUCAUGAUGUCUUCAUACCUCAUCGCGUACUUAGUAUCCAAAUUCGAAUACGUCACCAACGAAGCGAGCCCGCUCUACAAUGUUCCGUUCAGAGUAUACUCUCGGCCUGGCACUCAGAACACGGCUACGUUCGCUUUGGACUUCGGCCAAAGGAAUAUGAUCGCUCUGGAGAACUACACAGAGUUCACUUACGCUUUCCCCAAGAUGGAUAAAGCGGCUGUACCAGAUUUUGCCGCUGGCGCUAUGGAGAACUGGGGUCUUGUUAUUUACAGAGAGGUAGCUCUGCUGGUGCGUGAUGGCAUCACAACGACCAACACGCGGCAGAACAUCGGACGUAUCAUCUGCCAUGAGAACGUCCACAUGUGGUUCGGUAAUGAAGUCAGCCCCACAACGUGGACUUAUACUUGGCUGAACGAAGGGUUUGCCAACUUCUUUGAAAAUUUCGCUACAGAUUUGGUGUUACCAGAAUGGCGUAUGAUGGAUCAGUUUGUACUUUUGUUACAAAACGUUUUCCAAAAUGACGCAGUGCUCGGUGUCAACCCCAUGACCCACCCCGUCUUCACUCCUUCACAAAUCAUAGGGACUUUUAACGCUGUCGCUUAUCAGAAAUCUGGCUCCGUGAUUCGUAUGAUGCAGCACUUCCUAACGCCCGAAGUAUUCAGGAGGGGACUUGUCAUCUACUUACGUAGCAAUUCUCGUCGCGCGGUCACUCCUCCGGAUCUUUACACUGCUCUCCAGCAAGCUUUGGAUGAGUCCUCUCAUAGCAUACCCUGGCCACUUGCGACCGUACUAGAUAGAUGGACCAACCAGGGUGGCUUCCCUGUGCUGACUGUCCGGCGCUCUGCCCCGGGAGCACAAUCUAUUUUUGUUUCUCAGGAACGUUUCCUGACAAACAGACAGCUGUCUUCUUACUACCGUUGGCAUGUGCCCAUCAACUGGGUUUUGUCGACCAACGCUGACUUCUCUAACACCAGCCCUCAGGGUUGGGUUCCUCCCUCCUUCCCCGCCGUCUCCUUCGACAUCCCCGGACUUUCCAAUGCUGAUUGGUACAUUGUCAACAAGCAACAGACAGGUUACUAUCGUGUGAACUACGAUGUGGAGAACUGGCAAGCUCUGGCUCGUGUACUGAACUCCAGCCAUCAGACCAUCCACGUUCUGAACCGCGCUCAAAUUGUUGACGACUCGUUUAACCUCGCGAGGAACGGCAGACUUAAUUACGUACACGCUUUCGAGAUCUCUCGGUAUUUAGUGCAAGAAGCAGACUACAUCCCAUGGGCAUCAGCUAAUACUGCGCUAAGCUAUCUAGACAUUGUCCUCAGUGGAUCAGAUGUCUACGAUCUAUAUAAGACUUACAUGCUGGAACUAUCAACACCUUUGUACGACCGUUUGGGUUUCUCUUCUCAAUUACCAGAAGAGCACGUGACCGCUUACCACAGGAAUAUCGUCCUCGACAUCCACUGCAGGCUCGGCAACCAGCACUGCGUCAACCGCUCGCAGGAACUUCUGGAGCAGUUCAGGAAUAACCCAAGUCAGCGUUUGAACCCUGACGUCCAGACCACAGUAUUCUGCUCCGGUCUGCGCGGCGGCGACGUCAAUAACUUCAACUUCCUCUGGAAUCAAUACCUCGCCAGCACCGACUCCAGCGAACAAUCUAUUCUACUCAACGCUCUCGGCUGCACUUCGAAUGCUGAACGACGCGACUUCUACCUGAACCAAGUGAUCAGUCCGACAUCAGCAGUCCGCGACCAGGACCGGCACUCCGUCAUCGUGUCCGUCAUCAACUCCAGCCCUCAGAACAUGGAAGUGGCUCUAGAUUUUGUUAUUGAACAUUUCGCUGCUAUACAACCGAGAGUCCAAGGUCUGACUGGUACAACUAACAUUCUUAACGCCUUCGCAAGAAGAUUGACAACUCCGCAACACUCAACAAAGAUAGCAACAUUCAUAACUCGUCACCAAUCUAUCUUCACGGCCGGUGAGUUAGCGUCCAUAGGAGCCAUACAAGAGAACAUCGCCGCUUCGAUAGCCUGGAGCCAACAGAACUACGCCACAGUCAGCUCCUGGCUUAAUGAGAACUUCAGAAGUAACGCCAAUACUAUCACUUCCAGCUUACUUAUUCUUAUUUCUAUAUUUAUUGCCCUUUAUAAUAUGUAAAUAACUAGCUGUUCCCGUCCGGCUUCAUCCGCAUCACAUU